CCAAGUCCUCAGAGACAAGCCCAUGAAAUGGCUAACACUGCUAAAUGGCUACUAAUUCCAGUUAAGCUAACGUGAGGUGGAACAAACUAUGCUCAGCCCACUUCAACGGCUGUGUGCUUGCUUGGCGCAACAGGUCCUCAAGGGCAACUCGCAGUUUGCGUGGGACACCUGAACUCGCAACAUUGCAGCAAAAAGUAUCAUGUCGCCUUGAGUUACUUUGUAUUCACUCAACGCUGUAAUGUUUACAAGGAAGAUACUACGAUAUAUUUAGCUGCUGUCAAUUUGAGACGAAGAUGUUUACCCGUUACACGACCUUGCGUCCGAUGAGGACGUAGUUCUGGAUUACAGAACGAGCUUUCAUAAAAGGCCGCGGAGCAUGACUGAGCACCAGGAGCCGAGCGAGGACGUUGGGCUGCUCACGCCUCCGGACCUGGCCGAGCCCCCCAAGGAAGAGGACACCCAGAACCCCCCGCAGUUCAGAGUGCAGCUGAUCGAUGACUUGUCAUACGAGGACGUGAAGAAAUGCUACCGUGGCUCGACCGUCAGCAAGUACAACUCCCAGUACCACAAGCUCUUCCAGACCGUGCCCAAGGAGGAGAUUCUUAUGAAAGUAUACUCGUGUGCUCUGCUACGAGAUAUAUUGCUCCAGGGCCGCCUCUACAUUUCCAGAAACUGGCUGUGUUUCUACGCCAACCUCUUUGGCAAGGACAUUAAGGUGGCCAUCCCGGUGGUGUCUGUGCGCCUGGUGAAGAAACACAAGACAGCGGGCCUGGUGCCCAACGGCCUGGCUAUCACCACAGACACUGGCCAGAAGUAUGUGUUUGUGUCACUCCUGUCCAGAGAUAGUGUUUAUGAUGUACUGAGGCGGAUUUGCACACAUCUACAGGUCAAUGGCAAGAAGAGCCUCAGCCUCAAGCAGUUCAUGGAGGAGCCCAACUCCUUAUCUCUGGAUGAGUUUGUGGUCCCGGAUGAGUUCCCUGUGGUGGAUGAGUUUCCGCCGGUGCUCAAGUGGAGGCGGAAGCCGUCAACCGGCUCGGUGUCCUCCUCGCUCCCAGACCUGCUGGGCAACUCAGCCAGUAGCCUCAGUGCUGUGGACGUCCCCUUCCAGACAGAGGAGCCCUUGGAGGAGGUCGGGCUGGAGACGGACAAGAUCCUGCUCACAGAACCGGUCCCUGAGCUGGGCCAGAUGGAGUACCAGCUGCUGAAGUUCUUCAUCCUGCUGAUCAUCCUCCUCAUCCUGUCCUCCUGCUACCUGGCCUUCCGCGUCUGUAGCCUGGAGCAGCAGCUCUCCUUCCUCAACCACAACCCAGCCCUGACCCUGAGGGAAAGAUAACUCGGGGCCUUGCUCCUGCCACGGGAAGAAGGAUGAGUUUACCUGCACAAGGCACACCCCUCCUCUUGCUGUCUUUGAUCACAUUGAAAGAGACUAUGCAAAAAUAACCGACAGGCCCUUUUACUAUUUAUUGAAGGUUUCAUGCAAUUUUUUAGAGCAGGAUUUUACCCUCUUGUCGCUGGACCAGUUUGAUCUUUGUUUCAAGCCAGGAAUCAGAUGAAUCAAGCCCUGCAUCUCCACCAUGUGAUCCAUCCUUUUUGUAAUUUUCCGUUUGAUCUGUGCGCUGUAGUGCUGGAUUAGAUUGAACAGCAGCUCCUGCUGUGCUCAAACAACAAACACAUCACAACGAUAAAAAAGCUAAAUGGGCCAGUGGAACACUAAAGAGGUGUAAUGGAAGGAUCUCUUCCAUUGCAUUAGAUCGUUGGCUGCCUUUAAAGACAUGUACAGGUAUGUCACUCUUCCUCAAUGAACCCCUUUCGAGGUUCUAAGCAAUAAUACUGAUAAAAAAGAUAACAUAUAUGGUAAACAUAUCUUUAAAAAAAAACACCAAUACCAAACUGACACCCGUCAGACUUGCAUUGUUGCUGUUGAGACUGUUGAUAUCCCAUACAAUCACCUAGCAAUGAAGUUGGGGCAAGAGAGCGUCAUCCAAGUCGUAGUAUACUGGACCUGUAAAGGAUGGCCCGCUGGACUAAAGUAGACAUUGGGAAUGGACCUAUUGUAGUAUACUACUGUUUUGUAGUAUUCUACUCCUUAGUGCAUAAUACACUUAGUGUCUCCUGGAGCCACCUGGUUGAUGUGCUGUAUAGCGCCAUAGAGUAAGAACACAGGUCAGUCCCUCACACUGGAAGAGAGUAGUUGAUCCUGCACGACUGUGAAGAAGGGAGUAUUAACGCAUAGUUAUUUCAUCACAAGCCAGAAGGAGCUACCUAGACUGAGACGAGUACAGCUGUGUACAUUAAUCACAUAAUACAUUUCAUAGAGCCAUUUGCGGACCUACUAUACAGACAGCACUGGACGAGUCAGGGUUAAGAAUAAGAGAAUGGAAUAGAAUAGAAUGUUUAAAUGCUAAAAGAAUGAUGUAUUUUUUUAGACGUAAUCUAGAAGUGAGCUAGUAUGUGGCUGCACAUAUCAUCAUGAUAUGAUGCCCACCUUGAAUGAGUUUGC